GGUUCCGGCAAGACCACCACCGCGGCCAAGCUGGCCCGCAGGCUGACCGUCGACGGCCGCAGACCGUUGUUGAUCGCCGCCGAUCGCGCGCGACCGGCCGCGGUUGAGCAGUUGGCGCUGCUCGGCCGCACGAUCGGGGUCGACGUCUUUACCGCCGCCGGCCUCCGUGGAGCGGAGGGGGCGGCCAAGGUGACCAGAGAGGGGCUCGAGCACGCGCGGCGGAGCGGUCAUGACGUGGUGAUCGUCGACACCUCGGGCCGUAGUCAGGCCGACGACGCGCUGAUGCGGGAGCUGGAGCAGGUGCGGUCGGUUCAUACUCCCCUACCUCACCCUUUCUGUCCCUAUUCAUUACUUUGCAGCCGCUGCGACGGUCGCCCGCGGCUUCGAGGAACGUAUCGGCAUCACCGGCGUCAUUCUGUCCAAGACCGACUCGGACGCCCGCGGCGGAGCGGCCCUGUCGAUGAAGGGCGUCACCGGCAAGCCGGUGUGCUUCAUCGGUACCGGGGAGCGACUGGAGGAUCUGGAGCCGUUUCACCCGGAACGCUUCGCCGGGCAGAUACUGGGCAUGGGCGACGUCGCCAGCCUGGUGGAGAAGGCCGAACUGGUGAUCGACCAGCAGCAGGCGGAGCGGACGCUGCGGCGCGUGCGCUCGAACACGCUGACGCUGGCGGACUACCUGGAGCAGAUCCGCGGCCUGCGCAAGAUGGGGAAUCUGGAGGCGCUGAUCGACAAGAUCCCGGGCGCACGCGCGGCGAUGGCAGAGGGCGCGAUCGACGAAGGGGUACUGCGCACCGAAGAGGCUAUGAUAUUGUCGAUGACCCCGGCCGAACGGGAGAAUCAUCGGAUCAUGGGCCCGUCGCGGCGGCGCAGGGUAGCGCGUGGAAGCGGCACGACCGUGUUGGCGGUCAGCCGCUUCCUGAAGAAAUUCGACAAGAUGUCGGCGACCAUGCGGAAGAUGGCUCGAGGCGGCGCCGGUAG